GUCAAAAUGAUGAGGCACAGGCAAGGUAAAUAUGAUUCCUCACAAUAACAGUAAAGCACUAAAAAUAUGGCUUCUCAAUAAGACAUGGUAAAUGCAUAGCCUACACAUGGAGCACUAGAAAGGCUAUGCAAAUUUACCUCAAUAAGCUCUAAUACGAGCAAAAUUAAAAUGAAAGGCCUUGUUUUAAUGGACUGCUGGAUUAUCUUCCCACAUGAUGUCCUGAGAGUGACAGCUGGCGGGGAGGGGGGGUGUAAUUAUUUAAUACAGGGGGUGUAUGUGGAAGCCGGCAGCUAAUUCUGGAGCCCUAAUCCUGUCUUCCCAGCCAAAGAGAGAGAAAGAGAGAGAGAGGACUGUACAUAUUGCAUAAGCGAAGACAGCACCCAGAAUCAUCUCAAUUUGUGUCUGCGUGGCUGUGAAUAUAGAAUGUAACUUUCUUUCCUCACUUUUAUUCCUGAAGAAAACAAGAUAAAAUGGGAGAAGUUCAAAAGGACUUGUUCUCAGUCCUCCAGAAGCUGAAAGGCGCCCCAGAGAAGGAGUUCAGAAUAGUUCUCUUGGGCUUGGACAAUGCAGGGAAAACAACAUUAUUGAAGAAACUGGCUUCAGAAGACGUUAGCACCAUUACGCCAACACAGGGCUUCAACAUUAAAAGUGUGGCUUCUAAUGGUAUGAAACUGAGCGUCUGGGAUAUUGGAGGUCAAAGGAAGAUUUGGCCUUUUUGGAAGAAAUAUUUAGAGAGCACAGACUUGUUGAUUUACGUCAUAGACAGCGCAGAUAAGAAACGCUUUGAAGAAACUGGACAGGAGUUAUCCAAUCUUAUCGAAGAAGAUAAUCUGAAGGCAGUUCCAGUGCUUAUCUUUGCUAACAAGCAGGACCUGGUGACAGCAGCUCCAGCGAGUGAAAUCGCAGAGGGGCUGAACCUCCACACGUACAGAGACAGGGAUUGGCAAAUCCAGGCCUGUGCUACCCUAUCAGGAGAGGGAGUGCAGGAUGGAAUGAACUGGAUCUGCAACACCAUUGUAAAUAAGAAAAAGUAAAACAAACAGUACUCUCCCCAUUCUUAACAGUGUUUAAAUACUAAAAAAAACACUUUUAAUCCCACAUUCUUUCUUUUGAAACUGUGUAUUCAGCAUUCAGUUCUGUCAUGUCGAGAACAAACCAGUAACCUGUUGUAGUUAUUGCAGACCACAAGUGAAUUAUUGAUAAACCACCAUCAGGGGCAACACAUUUCCAGGAAGACUUGACUGGCGUCUCUUUUUCCCUGAAAACUCACAGUGCAACGAGACUCUUGAAAGCACCAGUCAAUUUCGUUUUACCAAAAAGGUUUGGCUAAUGAAGCCUACCGAUUGUGUCAAUUAAAACCCUCAAUUAUUAAUAAUUGUAAUCCCUAUCUUUAUUCAUUCCAUAUUUAACAAUAUAUGAUGUGUAAUGCAUUGAAAACACCACAGUGUGUUAAAACACCACAUUAUUAGGCCACAUUAUUUCUAAUUCACAUUUCUACUGUAU